AAUACAUCAUUUCCUUAUAAGAAAAUUGUUAUUUUGCCUGUUGUUAUUUUAACCCAAGUCUUACAUUUCUAUAAGCAAGGUGCGUGUAAUGCUAUAGUUACCAAAUUAGUACUUUGGCUCUCUUGAUACAGCUAUAUAAAAAUAGUGGUUCCGAUAGCAUUUUAGAACUUAGAAUACAAUUAUAGAAGUUAGUUAGCUCCAUUCUUCAAGAUGAGGCUUUGUGGACUGGUCUGUUUCCUGCUGAUGCUAAUAACUUCUGCCAACACCUACUGCCCUCCUGGCUUCAUCUACAACACCACUGGCAACUCUACUGGUGAUGAUGCGAACUGUGUGUGCAGUAAAAACAUGAACGGAAUUGUUGACUGUGACCAAGAGAGUGGAGUAGCUCGACUGGCCAUCGGUUUCUGCAUGAGUUUUGAUUUUGAUACCAACAGCACAAUUAUUGGUAAAUGUCCUUAUAACAAUAACUACACCAUUACAGAGCUGGGAACAGUUUCACUGUAUGUGACCCUACCAGAUAAUGUGUCUGAGUUAGAACAGUUUAUGUGCGGUGAAUACCAUCGUAGGGGCUUCUUGUGUUCUUGUUGUGAUGAUCAUUUAGAAUCAUCAAUGGUCUCUUACUCGUUGGAUUGCAUCCCUUGUGAUCAUCAUGAAACCUACUACCAACUGGGACGUUUUGCUUUGGUUGUUAUGAGGAUUGUACCAGUCACUGUACUAUACAUUGUCAUAAUUUUGUUUGAUAUUCGCUUCAUGGAGAGCCCAUGGAGUGUGUUCAUUCUGUACUCACAGAUAAUCGUGAACAUGCUGACUUUUGACAGACACCUCUACUCUGGACUGUUGUAUGCAACUGACGAUAAUACUUUUACAGCAUUUGUAGUGAAACUUGUUCUUGCAUUUUACGGUGUUUUGAAUUUGAAUUUCAUUCCUAACAUCAUUCCACCAUUCUGUCUUAACAAUUUAAAAUGGGGUAGGAAUGAACUGGUUAUUGAGUAUGUUGCUGCAAUCUACCCUUUGAUGAUAAUAGCCGCUAUGUACCUCUGUGUGCAUCUUCACUCCCGAGAUUUCAAGCUGAUAGUGUGGCCAUGGAAAGCUAUAAAGUACUGCCUCAAUUUCAAGCUCUGCUGUGGAAUGAAACGAAUUGUACAGAGAGUGACAUCACAAACUAUUGCUAACUCGUUUUCAUCGUUUCUGAUACUUGCAUUUUCGAAAAUAUUAUUUGUAUCUCCUUACUUGAUUAUAUCGGUACACACGUAUGAUCUAAAUGGAACGACAAUAAACACUACUUGGUUUUACAACGAAAGACCAUAUUCGUUCUUUAGCCAUACUAACAUUCCAUACUUUGUGUUUACAAUCACCAUGCUCGCGUUGUUCGUACUGCUCCCUACUUUGUUGACAAUCCUCUAUCCAAUUGCAUCAAGGUGGUGCAAUAGAACACCACUAUCUGUGAAGUUGUUUGUAGAGAGCUUUUAUGGUUGGUACAAAGAUGGUACUGAACAGGGAAUUCGAGAUUUCAGAGCACUGGCUGGAUUGCAUGCUCUCUUACGAAUUGUCAUAGCACUCUCUAUUUGUCUGCAUAUUGCGUUUGUGAAUCCUCUCUCCCCACUAGCCAACAACCAGUGGGUGAUACCAGGAGUGCUGUUUGUGGCCUGCUCAAUGUUCUUCACUCUGGCUAGACCUUACAAGGUGCUCUAUAUGAACCAAGUUGAAUCACUCUUUUACGCAUUGCUUGGUGCUAUUUCAUUACUGGUGACUAGUCACAUCGGUUCUUACUUUGCCUUUAUUCUGGGCACCACUCCCAUGCUGGUGUUCAUCGGGUACACUACAUACAAAGCAUACAACAAGCUAAAGAGCUGCUACCAUCAAUGGAAUUGAAUUCUGAAGCAGGCACAAACUUGAUAUCGGACAUGGAAGAUUUCGAUGCUGAUCGAAUGGACAACCCUAAUGAUUACAUCGACCAGCCCAUCAGUAAGAAUCAGAAUAGGCUUCCUCCUAAUGAUGUUUCAGAUGUUACUUUGAGCACAUACGGAACAUUUAAUUGAACAAUGUAUUAUAGUAUCAUGAGAUUAUAGGUAUGUGCCCUUCCCUUCUUUGCAAUGCAAGCAGUUGUGGCUGUAGUGUACUGCCUUGUGUAUUGUUAGCUAUAGCUCCUACAAUCAAUGGAAAUUGACCAGGGAUUCUAAAACAGGCACAAAUUUGAUAUCAGACAAUAAGGACGAUUUCAAUGUUGAUCGAUUGGACAACCCUAACAAUCAUAUCGACCAAUCUAUAUUUGAGAGUCACUGUUGAUGUCACUUCUGUUUGUUAACUCCUACUGUAAAUGUUGUGCAUUGUCUCGCCCACAAGUAUCUUUGAAAGUUGUUUGUGUACAUAAUUAAUUAAUGUGUAUGAGUAGGGGUAGUUACAGAACAUUUAACUACAUGGUCAUGCAUGUACACACCUACAUUAUACAUUAAGACUCUGUGUUUGUUCAUUAUUAUACAUUUAAGACUCUUGUGUUGUAAAACAAUUCGCUUGCAGACUGUUGACAUACUAGGCAGUUUUUCAUUACACGUAUGUGCUCGAAUCGCUAACAUCUGAAGCACCAUUAGGAAGAAGCCUAUUCUGAUUCUCACUGAUGGGGCUGGUCGAUGUAAUCAUUGGGGGUUAUCUAUUCGAUCAGCAUCAUGUCGGAUAUCAAAUAGAACCCAGAAACAACGUAUGGACGGUAAACAAGGCCAGUAUAUAAAAUUAAUGUUCUGGACUGUAGUAACUAGCAAGAUAUUUUUCUAUAGUUAUAACUAUUGUAGAUAUUGAAUUCUCUUGGUAAUCUCCUACCCACGCUGAACAAACAUAAAUGAUAGAAAAAUACCCAACUUUUUCCACAUCUCUUGCCGAUUGUUUAGAUUGUUCAGAGUAACUAGAGGCUAUAGUGUAGUAGUGAAAUUGAUAAAUAACUCACAAGUUGUAUCGGCAAGAAUAACUGUGUGCCACACCCUUCUUUGCAAUGUAAGCAGUUGUGGCUAUAGUGCACUACCUUGUGCAAUAUGACGUAAAGAUAAAGUUAAAGAGCUGCUAUACAAUCGAUGGAGGGAUUCUGAAACAGGCACAAAUUUGAUAUCGGACAAGAAAGAUUUCGAUGCUAAUCGAUUGGAUAACGCUAACGAUUACAUUGACCAGCCCAUUAAUUAGAACCGUUCUCUGAGUGUCACUUCUGUUUGUAUUGAUAAACCUCAUGUUAACUCUUUGGUACACUUUGAUAGUUCAUUUGCAUUAAUUUUGUGCAUUGUCUUACUAAAAAUCGACAUAAUUGAGGUGUGUGGGGGUAAUAAUACUACAUGGUCGAGUACACACGUACAAUGUUUCCUGUUCUCUAUCAAUAUUUUACUUAAGACUCUUGAGUGGUGACAACUCGCACACUGCUGAUAUACUAACAACUAUAAUUAUGUGUAUUUUAUACAUCAUUCAAUUAAAUGUUCCGUAUGUGCUCAAAGUAACAUCUGAAGCAUCAUUAGGAAGCAGUACGAACAACACGAGUAUGAUAAGUGUAAACACAAAGUAUGGAAUGUCACUAGUGCCAAACAACGAAUAGUUUCUUUCAUUGUAAAACCAAGUAGUGUUUGUUGUCGUUCCAUUUAGAUCAUACGUCUGUCCUGGUGUAAUCAAGUAAGGAGAUACGAAUAAGAUUUUCGAAAAUGCAAGUAUCAGAAACGAUGAAAACGAGUUAGCAAUAGUUUGUGAUGUCACUCUCUGUACAAUUCGUUUCAUUCCACAGCAGAGCUUGAAAUUGAGGCAGUACUUUACACACUAUCAGCUUGACAUCUCGGGAGUGAAGAUGCACACAGAGGUACAUAGAGGCUAUUAUCAUUAAAGGGUAGCUUGCAACAACAUACUCAAUAACCAGUUCUCUCUUACCCCAUUUCGAUAUGUUAAGACAGAAUGGUGGAAUGAUGUUAGGAAUAAAGUCCAAAUUCCAAAUGCCGUAAAAUGCAAGAACAAGUUUCACUACAAAUGCUGUAAAAGCGUUAUCGUCAGCUGCAUACAACAGUCCAGAGUAGAGGUGUCUGUCAAAAGUCAGCAUGUUCAUGAUUAUCUGUGAGUACAGAAUGAACACACUCCAUGGGCUCUCCAUGAAACGAAUAUCAAACAAAAGUAUGACAAAGUAUAAUACAGUUACCGGUAGGUUUCAUGAUGAUCACAAGAGAUGCAAUCCAACGAGUAAAGAGAUCAGUGACAAUUCUAAAUGAUCAUCACAUUCAGAACAAAAGAAGUCCCCACAAUGGUAUUCACCGCACAUAAACUGUUCUAACUCAGACACAUCAUCUGGUAGGGUCACAUACAGUGAAACUGUCCCCAG